UCUCUCUGGUCAGCGGCAAAAGCUCCUAACGAGUAGAUGGUCCUGACGAUUAAAGCUGAGGUAGAGUAGUUUGACUGCAGGGAUUUCCUGUGCCACAGUGCAGGCUGGGGAUCCUUUAUGGCCAGGGGCUUCUGACCAUGUCUGCGGCCGAGGAGGAGGUGAGCAGACUUCUCAAAAGCCUGUGGAGGAGACGUAGGAUCUUCAAGCAAAUUCUGGCAGCUGGAGUUUCCCGGUAACAGAUAAAAUUACUUGACCACCAUGAGUUGGAGUUUUCUGACCCGUCUGUUAGAGGAGAUCCACAAUCACUCAACCUUUGUUGGCAAAAUCUGGCUGACAGCGUUGAUUGUAUUUCGGAUUGUCCUAACUGCUGUGGGAGGAGAAUCCAUUUAUUACGAUGAGCAAAGCAAGUUUGUGUGCAACACAGAGCAGCCUGGCUGCGAGAAUGUUUGUUACGAUGCUUUCGCUCCUCUUUCGCACGUGAGGUUUUGGGUCUUUCAGAUCAUUCUUGUUGCCACUCCAUCUGUGAUGUACUUAGGCUAUGCAAUUCAUAAAAUUGCCCGGAUGGUGGAACACAGCGAAGCUGACAGAAGAAUCAGAAGCAAAAGCUUUUCCAUGCGCUGGAAACAACACCGUGGCUUAGAGGAAACUGAGGAGGACCAUGAGGAAGACCCGAUGAUGUACCCAGAAAUAGAGCUGGAAAGCGAACGAGAGAAUAAAGAGCAGCAGGCCCCUGCCAAAGCUAAGCAUGAUGGCAGGCGGCGAAUCCGUGAAGAUGGACUCAUGAAAAUUUAUGUCCUGCAGCUUCUGGCGAGGACUACGUUUGAAAUUGGCUUUCUCGUGGGUCAGUAUUUUUUGUAUGGCUUUGAGGUCAGCCCCAUAUUUGUGUGCAGCAGGAAGCCAUGCCCACACAAGAUAGAUUGCUUCAUUUCAAGGCCAACUGAAAAGACCAUUUUCCUGCUAAUAAUGUAUGGGGUGAGCUGCAUGUGUUUACUUUUGAAUGUCUGGGAGAUGCUCCAUUUGGGAUUUGGCACAAUCCGGGACACGUUGAACAACAAGAGAAAAGAGCUGGAAGACUCUGGUACUUACAACUACCCUUUUACUUGGAAUACACCAUCUGCUCCUCCUGGCUAUAACAUUGCUGUCAAGCCAGAGCAAAUCCAAUAUACUGAACUGUCCAACGCCAAAAUGGCCUACAAACAGAACAAAGCCAAUAUAGCUCAGGAACAGCAGUAUGGAAGCAACGAAGAAAACAUUCCUGCUGACCUGGAAAAUCUGCAGAGGGAAAUUAAAGUGGCUCAGGAGCGCCUGGACCUUGCGAUCCAGGCUUACAACAACCAAAACAAUCCCGGCAGUUCCAGAGAGAAGAAAUCCAAAGCAGGCUCAAACAAAAGCAGUGCCAGUAGCAAGUCAGGAGAUGGGAAGAACUCUGUCUGGAUUUAAUGUUGGCUGAGUUUAUAUAUUGUGUUUUUUCUCCUAGUUUAUCAUAACCAGCAACCCCUUGAAUAAUGGCUUCCAUUAAGUAAAUACUUGACUGCUUAUUUUCAGGGAUACCGUUGGCUAGUGAUUCAACCUCUCAGAAAGGCUUUAUACGCAUAUUCUAGGAUUAUAGAACUUUAUUCUUCUGUCUUCCAAGUCAGGAGACAAAUAGAUAUAUUUAAAUCAUUCUCAUUGAACGGUUUAUGCUGUAUGUACAGUAUUGUAGUACAUUUAUUAUGCACAAUUUUUUGUAUUUGUACACUGGAUCUCUGACGUUACACUUUUUUAUAUUAAUGAGGAGAAAGCAAUGGGUAGCUGUUAGCAUUUUGCUAGUUUUAUUACCAUGGUCUGCAGUUUGUCAUUGUUCUUCCUUGUUUUAAACGUAAAACUUUCUAUGCUGCGUUUCAAAAGUGCCUUGCACAUGCAGACAGCACAGAGGAGUCUCCGGUUAUCCAGGCAGCCCACGGGUGCCAGUCACUGAGCAGCAAGCAGUGAAAGAUUUGGAAAACAUCUGUUACUGGUGCUCUUGACUCUGUCCUUUACAAAAAUGAUGUGCUACUUAUAAAAUGGAAGUGUCAUACUAUAGCUACUAUGUACUACAGUUUUUUUCGCCCUGUGGAAAAUUACUUACAGCAAAAAUGUACAUGUGUGAGAGUACUUGUGUUCAGAGUAAGAGUGCCAGCCGUAACGCAGAGAGGGCUCAGACCUCCCUGCAAGCUUUAUGCAACAGGAGGCAAGAGAGACUUGAAACUCCUGUAAAACAUCAAAAAAAAGGUAAAUAGAAAUUACUGGAUUCAGUAAUCCUACAUGUUUAUGUGAUAUCUAUGGAAAGAGAUGUUUUUGAGGUCUGUUGUUACGUAACGCCCCACUCCCCAAGGGCAUGAGUUGUUACGAUACCUUUUGGAUAAGAUUUCUGUCUUUUCCAAAGUAAUCUGUUUAGACGGAGUCAUGGUAAUUUUGUUUCUCCGUGCAUUACACUCAAGGAAUAACAUUCCUUUCCCCCCCAGCCAGGACACAUGAGCUGUCUGUAAGAGUUUUUACAAAGCCCUUUCUGAAUAUCAAUGAUAUUGCCUUAUUCCAGACCCCUCUUCCUUCCAUUAUGUCCGAGGAAUUUAGUUCAGACAGAGCAAUGUGUAUAAUUUAGAUUUCUGCUUGAGAGACCAGUCAGAUUUGGCAUUCUGUGGUUUUGGCACUAAACUUGAAUUUAUAAUUAGAAAACGGAGAACGCGGUACUUACUGCCUUUGGCGGUGUCUUUUUGGCAAGGAUGCGCAUUAAUGUUUGAGAGAUGCUGAUAAAUGUGUAUGCUUUUUGCUACUAUUUAUAAUGUAUUCAGGACCUUGCUCCACUCCCUUUAGUUAGGUUUUUGUGCAUUUUAAUAUAUAUUGGGGGCCUGUUUCAAGCGGGACUGUUCUAUUUUGAGGCUACCUCAGUCCUUAGUGCCCUCGUUACAGCCUGGUCAGGAACAGGAUUGAGAAGAAAGGCUCUGUUGGGGACACAGGUGAACCCAUACUCCAUUGCUGUCCUGCAGAACGUCUAAGCAUAGGCUUUAUGUUAAAUUUAAACUAAGGGGAUACAAGCACAUGCUUGCAGUUAUCCUCUACCCAAGCACUUGCUGAAAAUAGGUAUUUUGCUGAAUUGUUUUCAGUCUGUUUUCACUCUGGGACACCAGGCAGUCCAGGCAUAGAUCCCAGCUGUCUCUCAGCUCUGCAUUAGAGAGGCAUAAGUGCGCCCAGAGCCAAUGCAACCCUCUGCGCGAGGUCAGCGAGAGCUUUUCCUCUUCACCUCCAGCAGAGAUGUUGGGAAGCGAACUUGCUUUCUGGCUUUUUGUUUAGCAGUAACUCCUGGCCGCUGCUCCGGGAAAGGAGC